UCAAGACAGUGUGUGUGAGGGCAGUAACAGUCUCUGAGCGUGUGUGUGAAGGGGUGACCUAGGCAGUGUGUGGCAGGUGGGGGCUCUCCACCUGGAUGAACGCAGUCAGCAUCGGGGAGUACCAUGGCUUGCGGGUGGGCUCUGCCCUACUCAGCAUUGUGGCAGGAUGCAUCAUCAUCGGGGUGUCCCGGGAGUGUGAUGCUGAUGCUGUUGGGGGCAUUUUCCUAGGUGCUGGGGGGCUGGGCCUGCUAAUCUCUGUGUAUCCGUUCAUAAGUGCCUGGCUUAACAUUAACAACAUUCUCCCAGCCUUGGGCAACGUCAGAGUACACCCUAUGUCUACCAAUCCGGCUCCUGAGCCACAAGCAGAGACACUGAAACAAGACGCAACUCAGAGCCAGUUGAAUCUGGAGUACUCUAAGAGUCGCAUGGGGACUUUUGUGGAUCCUGGACAUGUGGCAGAGGUAUCCCCAGAUGAGGGGACAUCUUCAGACAUGCCAGACAUCUUGUCCAGGAGGAAGUUCAAGCAGACCUCCGGUGAUCCGGACCUCCCAUGAUGCCUGCAAACACAUAUAUGGGCAGAGAAGUGUUUUCUGUCUUUGAAACUAA